CUAUCAACCGCUUUUCAAAAUCCGCUACAACCACUGGAGGAUCAUGAUGAUACAGCUGAGACACAAAGCGGACACUCCGGGGUUGCAGGCAGCAAAUUCUGCUAUGUUGUAAGAAAAGAAGACGCCUCCAUCGCUGAACUAGCUGCCUGACAAGCUUCCUGGACAUGACAGUUUGCCUCCGAGGAAAACACAACGUGGCUACCGGAGAAAUGUUGUAGUUUUAAAGUUUUAUUUUUGUUAUUUUAUCACCGAAUUUUAACAGGAGAAGAAGACAGCUCACGGCAAAGUUUGGGGGACUUUGGGCAGGGUGCUGUCCUGUGGGAUGGAUGACGGCCAAGAGCAGGACCAAUAUGAGGAGCGCCUAAAGGAAGUUUUUAACAGUUUUGACACCAGUGGCUGUGGUUCUCUGAACCCAGAGGAACUCUCUGACCUCUGCCAGUCCCUGCACCUGGAUGAUGCCACACCAGUUCUUCUCCAGACACUGCUGCAGAACCAGGACCGCCUCACUGCCAGGGUUGACUUUGACCAGUUUAAAAAUGCACUUAUUCUGGUUUUGUCCGCAUCCUUUGAGCCGCCUCAAGCCGAAGAGGAAACCUUGCCAAAGCCAGAUUCUCCUGAGAUCCAACCAAAGUUUGUGAAGGGCAGUAAACGUUAUGGCCGCCGCUCCACACCAGAGUUCAUAGAGACCGUUUCGGACUUGUCCGAAGUUGCAAGCAUAAACCCAGCUGAUGAGGGGGAUUUGGAGGACAACUAUGAUUCAGCUGUUCCCAGGAAGCGUGAGCGCUGGAAUGCCAACGAAACAAACACAGAGGAGUAUGAGGCAGAAGGUCAAAUGCAUCUCUGGAACCCUGAUGAGCCGAGCACACCCCGGGGAUCCAUCGCUCCUCUUCCCUCCCGUUUAGAAGAGAGGUUGCGUGAUGCUUGUGAGGAGUUGGCGAUAACGCUGGACGGAUGUGCCGGUCACACCGAACUGCUGGCUCUCUGUGAACAUUUGGGCUUAGAGCUGAGCGGGGAUGUUCUGCUGAGUCUUGCCGGCGAUGGCGUGAUGAAUGUUCAGGAGUUUGUAUCCAGGGUUGUAAACCCCAGCAAACCCCCAACACCAUCUGCCUCCACACCAUACAGACAGCUUAAACGGCAUCACUCUACUCAGCCCUUUGAUGAGGGAGGCCGCAGGAUCUCUGUUUUAACCAGCACCAUUGGGAUGCGUCUCUUCUCUAUACUCGAUGACGGCACUGGUUUCACUCCAGCUGAACAAAUCCUGGAUGCCUGGAUAGAAGAGGGAAUAGAAAACAGUGCUGAGAUCCUGCAGGCUUUGAAUUUUGACCUUGAGGGAAAACUGAGCCUCGCCGAUCUCACCAUGGCACUUGAAAACGAGUUGCUCGUUACUAAGAACGGGAUUCACCAGGCCGCACUGGCGAGCUUCAAAGCUGAGAUCAGAUAUCUCCUAGAGCGUGUAGACCAAGAAAUCAGAGAGAAGGAGAAAAUCAGAUCUGACCUGGAAAAAGCAGAGAAGCAGAAAACUCAGCUUGCCACGGAGGUGGAUGAACAUCACUCUGCAAUUGAGCACAUGAAUAACCUCAAUCUCAGGAAGCUUGAGCAGGAGCACAAAGAGAAGCUAGCUGCAGUCCGAUCAGAGCUGAUGAAGGAGAUGGACCAGAUCCACCAGCAGGCGGGUCUGCAGCGUGAAGAGCUGGAGGCAGAGAUCGAGAAGAUCAGGGCGGACGAAUCUUUUCUCAGAGACCACCUCUCCAUCUCGGUGAAGGAGAACAGGCGUCUUGAAAUGGAAUUACUGGACAGUAACGAGAAACUAUCAGAGGCACAAAGUCAAAUAACCAAACUCCAGACCAAUUUAGACAAUAUUGUGAAAAACAAGUUUGGGGACCUAGACCCUGGCAGUGCAGACUUCUUAAUCCAAGAGGAUCGCAUUAAACAGCUGCGCAACAGUUAUGAAGCACAAUGCAGGGAGCUGCAGGAUCGUAUUGACGAGCUGCAGUCAGAGUUACAGGAGUUCCACGCUCUCGGUCGAACUCUUGAGCCCUGCCACAAAACUCUGUCUGAGGAGCUGGAGAGUAAAAGUCCUGGCAUGGAGUCUGACCCAGGUCUCGGUUCAGAGGAUGUUCAGCCUUUCAGCAUGAGCCUGGAAGCAGAGAUGAUGAUGGAGCAGCUGAAGGAGCAGCAUCUUCAAGAAAUGGAGGAUUUGCGAAACCAGCUUGAAAGCAAGAUGAAUGAAUUUGACAUAAUGGUUGAACAGCAGAGGGCGACCCUCGAAGACCAGAAAACUGCCCUGGCCCUCCGAUACCAGCACGAGGUCCAGGCUUUGAAGGAGGAGAUGGCCAAUGUUCAGAACCAAGAACAGGAGCUUCAGAAUCAGCUCGAACAGGCGGAGCUGGAACGGACCUGUAUGGAGCAGAAACAAGCCAAGGAAAGAGAAGCUCUUCAAAACCAGCAAGAAGAGGAAGUGGCAAACCUCAGGGAGCAGCUGCUGGAAGCACACACUCAGGCUGCAGACCUGGAGGAGCAGCUGAAGACCCUGGAAGCCCAGCAAGAACAUAUGAAUGAAAACCUUCUCACUAAGGUGGAGGAGCUGAGGAACCAACAUGCUGUGGAGAUCAGAAAACUAAAGGAGGAACAAGCAGAGCAACUAGACGCCAGACUGGUAGAAGAGAGAAAUGAGCUGCAGCAGCAAAAGGCUGAGUUGGAGAAAAGCUUAUUAGAUGACUGGGAAAGAGAGAAGAAAGUUUUGGUAGAAAGCCAUGAAGAUGAACUAAAAGUCAAACUAGAGGAAGCAAAGUUGAGGUUUGAGGAGGAGCGAGAUGAAGUUGUGAAAAGGUUGACAGAGCAGUGGCAGAAGGAGAGGGCUCAGCUGGAUGAGCAGAACACCGAGUCUCUGCAGAUGCUGCUGGAGGAAGAGAUGUUGAAGCUGGUCAGGGAACAAGAGGAGAAGGAGAGCACGCUGAGGCAGCAGUGGGAGAGGGAACUAGCUCAGCUUCAGGAGCAUCACGAGAAGGUCGUGCUGGACAGAAUACUAGAAGAAAGGCUGCAGUUACAGGAUCAGUUUGAGCAGAGGGAGAAAAGGUUGAAGGAGGAGUGGGAGAAGGAGAGACUGCAGCUGGAGGAGGACUAUGAAGGGAUGAUCCAGGACAGACUAAAUGAGGAGAAAGAGAAGCUUGAGAUUGAAAAAGAGGAGGAAGAGAAGAGGAUAGAAGGGUUAAUCACAGAGGAGAGGGCACGUCUGGAAGAGAGCCAUCGAGACGCCAUGAAACAGCUGAGCGUGAAGCACGCCGAGGAGAGGGACGCACUCAGCGCCAUGUUGGACAAACUGCGAGAUGACAUCGCUCGGGAGAGAUCUGAGGCCAGUCGUCUUGCGGGAGAAAACAUCGUCCUAAGGCAAAAAAUCGCAGCACUGAAAGAAGGAGACUUGAAAGAAGCCCAGGAUGAGUUGAUACAAACCCUGGAAUACUUGAAAACAGAGAAGUUUGCAGCUCAAAAGGCAGCAGAUAAUUACAAGAAUGAGAUUUCAGAGUUGCGUUUGCAGAGCCAGCUGCUAGAAAGUGAGAACGGCCUCCUCACAGAGAAAAACACCCAAAAUUUUGCUGAGAUGGAGAGUCUUCAGCAGCAGCUGGCAGAGCUGAUAAAGGAAAAGGCUGAAGAGAAAAACAAGAUGGCAGCUUGUGUGUUGGCUCUGGAGGCAGAGUUGACCAAAGCUCUGGAGGACACUGCACAGCUGGAGGAGAGAAAUAUCCAGCUGUCACAGCAGCUCUCUGACCUCAGAGAGAAGGCUUUCAGGGCGGACUCCGUGGAGAGUCGGCGCAGUCAUCUGGUAGAGGAACGUGUCGACAAGGAGACUGUAGGCCUUCGCAACCAGCUAGCUAAAUCUCAAGAGAAAGUGAAGACAGUGGAUGAAAGUCUUACAGCUGUCAACCAUCAAAGUACUCGACUGAAGUCAGAUUUUCGAGUCUUGCAGAAGGAAAGGGAUUCCCUGAAGCAUGAGGUUGCAGUGCUGCACAAACAGCUGCAGAAUGCCAACGAUAAAAACCAUAUUUUGGAGAUGGCCUUGCACUCAAGUGGUCUUCAGAAUCAGAGCAAGAAGCUGUACAGGGAGGAGAUGUCUCGACUGAUGGAGCACGAACAGCUGCUACUCAGGCAGGAAAACGAGAGGCUCGAGGCCGAAGUGCGCAGCAUCAAAAGCGAGCUCAUCCAGUCCAGAGAAAAGGUCCGUCACCUCGAUGCCACCGUCUUGUCGCAGAAGCGUAAACCACCAAGUCAGUCCUCCCUGGUGAAGGCCUUGGAGCAGGAGAACGCCUCUCUGAAACAGGAGCUUGAAGCAAAAAGGGAGGUCGCCAAGGGCUGCGACGCUGAACAAAGCCACACAGAGCUGGAGAGCCUUCAGCAAGAAAACGAAGCGCUCAAGGCACAAAUGGCUCGACUGUCUUCACAGCUGCUGGAGACAUUUCAGGCUCAGUUAGCUGGACUUCUUCCUCCAUCACCUCACAGGGUGCCCAGGGGACAACAUCGUGGUGAAGAUCCAGAUAACGUACAGGAUGACAGGGCGAGGAAGAUGAAGAACAUGGAGGAGCGCAUGAGGGAAAUCGAACUGUCGCUGCAUAACGUCAAGCUGCUGCUUAAAGAGAAGGUCGCUCAACUAAAAGAUCAGCUGCACAAGAAUGGUAAAGCAGAUGUGCUGAUCAAUGACCUGUAUGUGGAGAACGCGCAGCUGCUGAAGGUUCUGGAGAUAACAGAGCAGCGGCAUAAAAUUGCAGAGAAGAAGAACUACCUGCUGGAGGAGAAGAUCUCCAGCCUUAACAAGAUAGUGCGGGAUCUAAACCCAUCGCCUCUUCCGGUGCUACCUUACAACUAUAAAUGCCCGUAGUGGCAUCUCUGUAACACAUUAACAGCACUUGUGGUCUAAGUGUCAAAACCAACCAAAUGUUUGUUUUUUUUUUUGUUUGUUUGUUUUUGUUUUUUUUUGUUUUUUUACUGCAGGGACACUUAUGCAAGAAAUCCAGCUAGCUGAGUGCAAACUGGAAUAUUUUUAACAUGUGUAAAUUUUAUCUGAAAUGCAGUAUUUUUAUUUGUUUUUAGUCCAUGCAAAAAGAUGAUGUGCUGGGCCUUUUUGAAAAACCAGGUCUGACUGUAAAGGAGAUGUUCUAUUUUACAGUAAUUUAUUAUCUUUAAAACAUUUUUUCAAAGCAGGAACUGUUAGUAGUAUUACCUUGGCACUAUAAUGUACUUUUUAUACAAGUGUUCCCAUGUUCGUUUUUGUUUUGUUUGUUUUGUUUUGUUUUUUUGUUUUUUUUAUCUACCCUUUCCUUCUGUAGCCAGGAACAAAAGCCUUUCAGUCACUGGUUAGCUUGUUAGUCAAAUAAUCUUGUUGUCUCUGUAAGAUUAUGCUGUUUUUUACACUACAUGAACCUGCAUAGACUUCAUAUGCUUAAAUUGCAAUACUUGCACUAAAUUAAUUUUGAAAAUAGAAAAACAUUAUGAUCUGUUACAGUAUGUAAGGCUGCAGUUAGUCUUUGCCACCAUGAAUGUUUUAGGUAUAAAUGAAGGAUUGUGUCUAACUGCUACUGAGUGAGCACUAAAAUGAAAGCAGGGUAAUGUCUGCUUUAAAGAUGUAAAUAAAAUUAUUGAACUGUG